CAGCUCCAAGGCAGCACAAGUCCCACCGCCGGGCACCGGUGAUCCGAGCUGCCAGCCCGUGCGGUGUGCCCGGUGCUGCUCCCUAUGGGGACCUGCGGAUGCAAUUAAGGCGCAGCCCAACUACAGCGGAGGCUCAAUCCCGAUUUCGCGCUGCGGCGCAUGUGCCAGCAAAGCCCCCCGGUGCGGAUGCAGCCUAUAGCGAUGGAAGGGCUUUUCUGUCGUUCUAGGAGCUCCCAUCCCAGACCGAUGGUAGCUGUGUCCCUGACAGGAAAGUUAUUCCACUGAUUUUGCUGCCUCUGCAUGAGGGUUAGGGUGCUGUAGGUAGGCUGGGAUGUGUGGCUUUUUUUACACCCCUCAGUGUGGAGUUUAUGUAAAUAUAGAUGUUAAGUAUCGACCAGGAUUGCUAGUUUUUCAGCUCAGGACCCAUUUCUAAGUGGGCUAGAAGAUGAACUCAGCUGAAUUCAAUGAUGAUGAUGAAGUUAAAAUUAUAAAAAAUAAUUUUGUGAAAAUAGAAACAGAAAAUGAAGAUGAAGCACUAGACUGCUCUGUGACAUCUAGAUCUCCUGAGAAACACUCAUUGGAUGGCUCAGUUACUUGUCUACAGGAUUCCAGCAAACGGAAACAGACCUCACUUGGUUGUGAUGGUUCAGGGAUCCAACAAGAGGUUCUACCUAGUGUGAAGAAAAGACGCUUUACCCAAGAGGGCGUCAUUUCAAACAUGAAGAAUCGAGAUACUGGGUCACCCACUCAGGUAAACAUAGAACAGCCUAACAAGAACAAGAAUCCCAGUAUAACAUGGCUGUGUGAAGAAGAACCCUUCAAUGACAUAACCACUUCAUCCUACAAGAAACCUCUGUAUGGCAUCUCACACAAAAUUACAGAAAAGAAGAACACACCAGGGGCAGAGCAAUUUUCUUCUUAUGAACUGUUUGAAAAGGUUAAUCCAAGCAGCCCCUCCCAUCUGCGGAGUUUGAGCGAUCAACGCAAAAGGGACUCUGGUGCUGCUAUUGCUUUAACAGCUUCCACUGCAGAUUCUGAUCCAAACAUAUAUUCUUUGAUACAGAAAAUGUUUUACACCUUAAACACCCUGAAUUCCAAUAUGACUCAGCUUCACAGCAAGGUUGACCUGUUGUCUCUUGAGGUCAGCAGAAUUAAAAAGCAUGUCAGCCCAACAGAGUCUGUAGCAGAGUUCAGGCCACCCCCAGAGUAUCAGCUGACUGCUGCAGAACUUAAACAGAUCAUGGAUCAGAGCAGUUCAGGUGGAGAUUUGGCUUGUCGGUUACUAGUUCAGCUUUUCCCAGAGCUCUUCAGUGAUGAUGAGUUCAACAGGAGCUGCAGCACAUGCGGCUUUCUUAACAAAAAGAAACUUGAAUCACUUCAUCUGCAGCUUAUCCGAAACUAUGUGGAAGUUUGUUAUCCUUCUGUGAAGAACAAUGCUGUGUGGCAAGUGGAGUGUUUGCCCCAAGUUAAUGACUUUUUCAGUAGAUUUUGGGCACAAAGAGAAAUGGAAAACAGUCAGCAAAGUGUGCAGUCAUCCAGUUUUUAUGAGGCCGAACAGGUAGAGUCUUCUCAUUUCAUUGAGGAUAAAGAGCAGGAGGAAGCUUUGUCUCUGGACAGAGAUAACCCCACAACCUCAGAUUAUGUUCUGGAUGCUCAGGAUCUCAAUGAAUUUUUAGAUGAAGCAUCAUCUCCUGGGGAAUUUUCUGUGUUUUUGUUGCACAGAUUGUUUCCCGAGCUCUUCGAUCACAGGAACUUGGCUGAAAGAUAUAACUGCUAUGGAGAUUCUGGGAAGCAAGAGCUGGAUCCUCAUCGACUUCAGAUAAUUCGAAGGUAUACAGAAAUUUACUUUCCUGAUGUGCAGGAAGAGGAGGCCUGGUUGCAGCAGUGUGCCCAGCGAAUAAAUGAUGAACUUGAAAGUAUAUACAUGGAUGGGAGUGAUUGUGAACAGAUGAGAGAUGACUAUGAUUCUUCUAGUUUACCUGAUGAUGUAUCUAUCAUAAAAGUGGAAGACAGCUUUGAAUAUGAAAGGCCAGGAAGAAGGUCAAAAAAGAUUUGGCUUGUGCCCAUAGACUUUGAUAAACUUGACAUUCCCACUCCUGAUUUUGAUGUUCCUAUCCCAGAUUACCUUUUGAACAAGGAACAAAUUAAAAAUAUAUAUGAAAGUAGUCUGUCCAUAGGAAACUUUGCCUCUCGAUUGCUUGUUCACUUAUUUCCUGAACUGUUUACUAAUGAAAAUUUAAGGAAGCAAUACAAUUGUAGUGGAUCUCUUGGCAAGAAACAACUUGAUCCAACCAGGAUUAAAUUAAUUCGACACUAUGUGCAAAUAUUGUACCCAAGAGCGAAGAAUGAUAGAGUAUGGACGUUGGAAUUUGUUGGGAAGCUUGAUGAGAGAUGUCGACGCAGGGACACCGAGCAGAGACGCACAUACCAACAGCAGCGGAAAGUUCAUGUGCCGGGUCCUGAGAGGAGAGAGUUUCUUACCUAUGCAAUAAACCCAGAAAGAUUCAGAGAAGAGUUUGAAGGGCCACCACUGCCCCCAGAAAGAAGCAGCAAAGAUUUUUGCAAGAUACCACUUGAUGAACUUGUCGUUCCUUCUCCAGACUUCCCUGUGCCUUCUAUGUACAUGCUAUCUGAUAAAGAGGUAAGAGAGAUAGUACAGCAGAGCCUUUCUGUGGGAAACUUUGCUGCUAGGCUUCUAGUAAGACUUUUUCCAGAGCUCUUUACUCCAGAGAAUCUCAGACUGCAAUAUAACCAUUCAGGUGCUUGUAACAAGAAGCAACUUGAUCCCAUCAGACUCAGAUUGAUCCGUCAUUAUGUUGAAGCUGUUUACCCUGUGGAAAAAAUGGAAGAAGUGUGGCAUUAUGAAUGUAUACCAAGCAUUGAUGAAAGAUGUCGGCGUCCCAACAGGAAAAAGUGUGAUAUACUGAAAAAAGCCAAGAAAGCAAAAAAGUGACACUCCAAAUUCUUCAGACUUUGACCACUAAAUUAUUUGGGGAGAGCACAUUUUGUUCUAAACUGGUAGUCUGAUCUCACUAUGGAAACUAAGGGUGAUCAGCCCCUAGGAAUAUUGGGCCCUAAGAUUCGUUACUUUAAUGUGUGUUGUAUAUACAAGGACACUGCAACAGUGGGAAGUCGUUUACUACACUUGUACAUGAUGAAGACCAUCACUGAUUAGUGUUGAAGUCAUUUAAUGACUCAUUAAGAGCAUGACUUUCACUUGUGCAAAUACAUGUAUUAAUGUAUUACUCCUCUCCCCACUUUUGCAUCUUCCAUUUUUAUCACUUUUUUAAUAAAUCUUUUUAAAAAUCAUUGUGCUCUUCAAGGGCAGUUUUGCAUUAAACCUUUUUUAGACAUCAAGGUUAAAUAAUUUGGAGUUUGAAAUCUGAAUUUUUUUUUUAACUUGCAAAUUUUGUUUUUGAAAGUGCCAUGUUCAUUGAGAAUGACUGGAACAUUAGACUCCGUUACUUCAGUAAUUUCAGCUAUCCCUAUUUGUUCUUGAUGAAAUUAGGAUAAUGAAAAUAACACAAGGUCAAUACUGGAUCAAAUGUUAUUUCCUUUUUGACUGUUACCCAUGUAUUAUUUCCAUUGCUAUAAGAACCGAGACGCAGUUAGACACUGUUUUUACGUUAAGACCAGAGAACUGAUCCUUCACCCUACUCAUGUAAGUUAUUUCAUUGACUUCACUAUGACCACUGGGAACUGCUUCAGAGAGUAGAGUUACAAAACAGAAUCAAGUUUUUUACCAGCAAAAUAUGUUGCUGUUGCUCAUUAGUCUCUCUCUUUGUAGAAAAAGUACUUGAAACAAAGAAUGUAGAAAAACAUAAGUCCUUAUUCUUCAUUAGAAUUAUGAUUCCAAAGUUUUCCAAUAUUAAAUCAAAUAUUUAAUAAGUAAAAGGUACAUACAAAGGUUUGAUUCUGUAGCGGAAUUGAAUGCUGCAGGGUCCCUGUCCAUGAGCUAUGGUGAUUUGGUAUGUUUGUGUGAAUACAGCACAACCUGGAGUCUUUGAAUGUCAUAGGGAUGUUGAAAAUACCUUUGAUUAUCCAAGUUGAUUUAGUGUAAUUGAAAGCUAUCUGAAAAUGUUAUCUUGUAUGGUUAACUUAUGUUCAGAUGAUCAAGAUUACAUUGUUAAUAUGAUCAGUUAUAAUGAACAUCCUAUCUCCAUUGUGACAUCACAAUUUGUGAUCUGUUCUUGGAGAGUGCUGCAUUAAUAUCAGAAUCUGAUUUUCCUCUCUAUUAUGGUGUUACAAAGCAGGAUUUCUGAUGAUGUCACCGGUAUGAAAGAAUUGAGCCUUCUGUUGUUAGUAAUGGCAGUGAUCAUUUAAUACUGACCAUCCCUUGGACAUCUUGAGAUAUGUUGAGGUUUUCUCAGUUCCUCUUUUGUUAUUACUUAGAUGGGUCAUAGUAUUGCAUUACAGUUAAGCCCCAGUGUAAAUUUCUAUUUUAGCAAUUGUAUUAAACUACAAAAUAUGUGAUAUUUUUACUUCAGAUUUUUAGAAUUUACUGUUAUCAGAAUCAUGUUGAUCCCUUCCUUUAAUUUUUUUUCUAAUGGCAAGAAUUAGAUACGUUAUUUUACAGUGUUAAAGCAAUAGUAAGUCACAGUAGAUAGUAGUAUUCACUCAUUUUCCCCAUGUGCUACCAACAUCCUAAAAGAAUGUAUGAUGAGAGUCAUGAUUGUACUGAAUAAUCUAACACUGUUUAAAUUCACUUAAAUGUUUCCUGUUGGCAUAAGUCAUAGCAGACCAUGUGCAAAAUGGGUAUCAGCGCAGAUAUGGCUAUCAAUAAAAUGAGAACAUUUUACCAAAGAUAAUGAACUUAUACCACAAUGUCUGCAUCUUACCUUUAAUUUUAGUACGUAUUUUAGCAAACUGAAUAUAUCAGUAAUGCAGGGAUUUUAUAAUUAAUAUGGUACCUCAUCCUAUCUAUUAACUAUUAGACAUGCACUUUUAUGGACUAUAUAAAGUGUUAUGAAAAUGGUAAAAACCUUUUAAUUUAGUGCUGAAAAUGACUAGCAUUUAUUCUGUAGUCCAAAAGAUAAGGAAUGUAAGGUGCAGGUUUUCUUUAUAAUUUAUUUAUCUAAGAGUACUACUACACUAUACGGCUAUUUCAGGAUAUUGGAGAUAUCCUGAAAUAGCUACCCUGCAUCUUCACAAGCUGCCCCCAUUAUUUUGAAAUACUUUUCGAAAUAACCGGUGCGCUCUUUUGGCAUCCCAGUAAACACGCAAAUUGCGUAUCUUACUUUGAGUUUAGGGUGCUGUGUAGACAUACCCUUAAUGUCACAUUUGUUUCAACAAUAAAGUAUGUCAAAUCCCGUUGAGGACUUCAACAUAACUGAAACUUGCACAUAGUUGAUAAAGAGAUUAUAUAAAUGUACAGAAUUUUCUACCUAACAACAUACAAUUUUAAGAUAUAUUGACAUUUUCAAUGAGUUUUGACAUUUAUUUGAUACAUUUGGCUUUACCAUCUCCUAAAUCAGGGUUGAGUAAAAUAUGGUCCAGUGGCUAGAUCCAGCCCACCAAGUCACUGGAUCUGGCCCACGGACCAUCCUGCUGUGACCCUCAGUUGCUUCUGUUUAAAGCGCACUCUCUGUGUGUCUUUGCUUUGAAGGGAGGGGGGAGGCUUCAUGUGAGCUUCCAG